AUGGUUGAAAAUCGCAACUACAGGCCCAGCUAUACUCACAUCCACAAAUCUGGACAGCAGGAAUGCAACCGCUGCUGGAUCAUCGCACGAGCCGUGCAAACCAUUUUCGAGGAGCAUAAGCUGCUCGAGUCUGACAAAUCGAUCAGGAGCCUAUCCCUCGAGAGAUUUGGCGACGACGUCGACGAGAUCUCGUGCGGCUGGAAAAGAGGAAGUUUCAAGGUCCAGAUCUUUGUGGAAGACUCGGCCGCUGCCACUGUCGCUCGGCACUGUGCAUGGCUAGGUGUCAGGCGCAAUAUUACGCUGGAACGAGACGCUUGUUUACAGUUUACAUCCGACGCUUUGCGGACCUGUGUGCGUGAACAUUGGAGGUGCAAACCAAGCUUGGGGUACAUACCGAAGCGCCUUGUCGACGUGGGCAUCGAGGGGACCGAAACCGUCAAAGUCGUUGACGACGCUCGCUCCAGUUCGGAGACCAAAGGCGCAAUCUUGACCAUGACAGCGCACAACCUGAAGGAGAUGUCUGAGGGGAUUCCCGUCGAUAGAAAGUUGCCCGCAAUGUUCUGGGACGCCAUCAAAACCACUCGAUCUCUUGGGAUCCGAUAUCUAUGGAUCGAUGCACUGUGUAUUGCUCAAGGAGACAAAGAAGAGUGGCAGACCGAGUCUCUGGCGAUGCGACAGAUCUAUGCUGGGGCGUAUGUUGCCAUUUCGGCAGAUGCAGCAUCCACCUGCGACAAGUCGUUCCUCGCUAUGCCCGACAGAUUAUGGAGAUUGCUCGAUGACGGGGAUCCCAAUCGGGGCGGACCUAUAACUGGCACCUCGUCCGAAGAGGAGGAAUACAAGCUGCAUUCUCGAGGCUGGACGUUGCAAGAGCUUCUGCUCAGCCCUAGACUGGUCUAUUUCCGACGCGACCAGGUUUAUUUCAGUUGUGCAGAGGGAAAGCUGUCAAGGGAAGACGGCGAGAGCCCGGCGGGGGUGAGCCGUCACGUCAGCCUCUUGAGGUUGGACGGAGUGCGCCGGACGUGGUUGCAGGAAGCGUCAUGGCCACAAAACACCCCAAGGCCUCCCUGCGCCGCCUCGAAUGACCAGCUUCUGGCCCUCUGGAAGCGCCUCUUGGUCCAAUACACCACCCGAAAGCUCUCCCAACCAGACGAUACGCUCCCGGCCAUCUCUGGUCUGGCAUCCCAGCUCAAACAGAAAUUACCACCCGCACUAUGUCUAUUGCGCCGGUCUUUGGAGGGAGGAUUUUACGCACGUGAUCAUAUUCCGACUUCAACCCAAUUUGCUCUACCUCAAUACCGAAGAGCCCAUCUCUUCGCAGGCAAUACAAGAAAAUCCAUCAAGCGCCAUUUAUAUACAGAACUCGCGGAGAAAACCCCGGUGACUGACUUUCGCAUUGGGAGUAGCAGCAGAUCCCUGCUCCGGCCUCACCAGACAAGAUCUCACCAUGUCUCAUCGCGGACCCUCGUGCAGAGCGCCCUGAACAUACCGUCCAAGCCUGUGGCCGCACCGCCCACAUUUCUCCUGCCGUUCCGCGCAAAGCUUCACCAGACCAGGACGCGGCCGUCCACGACGACGCCGAUAUCCCAAUUCCAGAACACUCAGCCUGAGAUCCCCCCGAGUUAUCUGUCCGCUACAGCUGACCAGACAUCCUCGUCACCUUCCGCCACCGCGACCACCACGUCGGUAUUCGCUCCGCGGGCGACCACACAAUCUCUCGACCAGCCCCUCGUCCUCUCCCGGUCCCUGCAAACCCUUCUCCCCAAGCUCCACGUCCAAAAACCGCACUACAUCGUCACCCACAUCCACCGGUUUCCGUACCUCCUCACGGAGGGCGACACACUCCGCCUGCCGUUCCACAUGAAGGGCGUGUCGCCCGGCGACGUCCUGCGGUUCAACCGCGCCAGCAUCCUCGGGUCGCGGGACUACACGCUCAAAGCCGGCACCGCGGCCACCGAGUCCUACGACAAGCGCCGCACAGGCGAGCCCAACUACCUCGACGAGAGGCUGUUCGAGUGCCGGGUCCGCGUCAUGGGCAUCGAGACCCAGCCCAUGACCCUCAAGGAGAAGAAGAAGCGGCGCAACCGGCACCGCAAGAUCGUGCGUAGUAAGCACAAGUACACGCUGUGUCGGGUCAUGCAGGUCCGCGUCAAGGCUCUGGACGAAUUGAUCCAGGGAGAAAAGGGGAUGGUGCUUCUCGAGGGCCAGGAGAAUGAGAACGGGAACGACAAUGUCCACGCGCAGUAG